AUGGGCCCAGAGGGAUUGCAACCCGCAUUCAAUUAUCUACACAAAAGUGGAGUAGAGCCUCGUCAGAUGAAUUUUCGCCGUCGAAUGAGCACCUUUGUACUGCCACCCAUAGCAAGCGAGUCGUCAGAGGGCAGGUGGAAUGAGCAGAGCGAUCAGAUAAGGAAUUCCAAGCAAACUCGCCAUUCCAAUAAUGCAUCUGGGGGAAGCAAAAAAGAUUCGCCUUUAGAGGAUUUUGGUCGUCAACCGAGCACUUUUCUGCCGCCAAACGUGGGAAACGAAUCGUCAAAGGGCAAGUGGGAUGGGCAGAAAGACCAUAAAAGAGGUUUGCAACGACCUCAUUAUUCCAGUAGCUCUUCGGAGAGAGACAAAAAUGAUUCGCCUCUAAAGAAUUUUGGUCGUCGAUUGAGUACUCUUCUGCUGCCAAACGCUGGAAACGAGUCUCCAGAUGGCAAGUGGGAUAGGCAGAGAGACAAUAGAAGAGGUUCGCAGAGACCUCGCUAUUCCAGUAGCUCUUCGGAGAGAAACAAAAAUGAUUCACCUCUCAAGAAUUUUGGUCGUCGAUUGAGCACUCUUCUGCUGCCAAACGCUGGAAACGAGUCUUCAGAUGGCAAGUGGGAUGGGCAGAGAGACAAUAGAAGGGGUUCGCAGCGACCUCGUUAUUCCAGUAGCUCUUCGGAGAGAGACAAAAAUAAUUCGCCUCUCAAGAAUUUUGGUCGUCGAUUGAGCACUCUUCUGCUGCCAAACGCUGGAAACGAGUCUUCAGAUGGCAAGUGGGAUGGGCAGAGAGACAAUAGAAGGGGUUCGCAGCGACCUCGUUAUUCCAGUAGCUCUUCGGAGAGAGACAAAAAUGAUUCGCCUCUAAAGAAUUUUGGCCGUCGAUUGAGCACUCUUCUGCUGCCAAACGUAGGAAAUGAUUCGUCAGAGGGCAAGCGGGAUGGGCAGAGAGACCAUAGAAGAGGUUCGCAGCGACCUCGCUAUUCCAGUAGCUCUUCGGAGAGAAGCAAAAUUGAUUCACCUCUAAAGAAUUUUGGUCGUCGAUUGAGCACUUUGCUAUUGCCGUCCAAACCGGAUGAAGGGUCAAGAGACAGAAGAGGCUCUCACUAUUCUAGUAGUCCUUCAAAGAAAAGUGUCGAAGACUCCCCUCUGGCGAAUUUUGGUCGCAGACUGAGCACAUUUUUACUGCCUCCCAUGGAUAGCGAUAGAUCAGAUAAUUUUGGAUAUGAGAAGAGCAAACAAAGAAGAGCCUCGCAGUGGUCAAGCAACAAGGAAGCUCGUAGAAAAUCGUCACAAGGGCAUCGUUCAAGUAGCUCCAGAGAGGAUUCAAAAUUCUCAAAGUCUCGAAGAAAAAGCUCAAUUAGAUCUCUGAUGAUUUCGCCAUAUGUUCAAUCUCAGAUACGCUACGACCCGAAUUCCCGAAGCUCCUUCACUGAUGACAAAUCGAAUGUGGCUAAACGUGUUGGAAAAUUUGUAAAACGCAUCUUCGUUAGUAAAAAAGAUGAGCAUCGCUACAAAUAG